AUGAAUGAAGUAAUUCUUGAACGAUCGCCCGAUGGUGCAAUCCGACUUCAGAAUGAAGUACCAAUCGAAUCUUUGACAGAAGAAGAGAAAUGGAGGCUGGAACAUGUGAAAAUGCACGAAAAGCAUAAGGGUCACGAUCAGAUGCACAUGGAAAUGUUUUUGAUACUCAUCGUCACACUUGUUGUCGCUCAAGUUGCAUUAGUUCAAUGGAAAAGACGGCACUUUAAAAGCUAUCAGUUUUGCACAUUACUUGGAAUGUGGCUAGUUCCCGUAUUUGUAUGCACUCAACGAGGAUGGUAUCGAUUUCUUGUCACUUGGUUUGUCUACACGCUAUUCUCAACUUGGAUAUGGUUGAAAUCAAACGAGGCGCAAAUUUCUGGAAAGACUCCAAGAUUGGUCUACAAAUGGUUUUUGUUGUUGCACAAGUUGAGUUAUGUUUUGGGAAUCGCCGGCUACUUGGUGAUGAUGUUCACAUUGAUGGGACUGAAUAUUAUUUUUGGAUGGAAAGCUAAUACAUGUAUGGAUGCUGGAAUUUUGCUACUAUUCUACGGACUCUAUUACGGCGUGUUGGGGCGCGAUUUUGCACACAUUUGUACGGAUCGGAUGGCAUGCAAAAUUGGGUAUUACACGGAAAAUGGUCUUCCCAAAAAAACAUUGAACAACAAUGUGUGUGCGGUUUGUGACAAUUACCUCGAGAAAACGUCUAACGAAGAUGACGAGGAAGAACAGGAGAAAACGUAUCGUCUAUCAUGUGGACACGAGUUUCACGAAUUUUGCAUCAGAGGCUGGGUGAUUGUUGGAAAGUUACAGACGUGCCCCUAUUGCAAAGAGAAAGUCGACCUUAAAAGAAUGUUCAAAAAUCCUUGGGAAAAACCACAUCUGUUUUAUGGACAGCUUCUUGACUGGAUUCGCUAUUUGGUGGCAUGGCAGCCAUUAAUUGUGACGUUUGUACAAGGGAUCAAUCAUAUUCUUGGGUUGGAA